AUGCCAGACCAUCGUUCGUAUCAAGAUCCGUUCUACGGGUGGACUACACCGAAGGCAAUAUCUCUUUGUGUUCAAACACUGAAAGAAUGUAGUGCACUACCAUUUGAAGUCAUCCAGAAGAUGAUAGCUUUGAGUGAAGCACAAAUAUUGAAUGACCAAACAUCGACGUCCAUGCUAGACAUUUUAUGGAAAAUUGCUAAGAAAUAUUCGAUUUCUGUUGAUCAAGUUAUGCUUAUCUUCAAUGGCUUUGUGCACGUUCUUCGACUGGCACUGAAACCACCUGCAGCAUUUCUGAAACCGGAUAUAUUUAAAGAUGAUCUACGUGAUUUAAAAUUUUCCGAACAGAUAAUUGGAGAAUUUUACAACAUUCUCUUCGGCGCAAAACGUGAUCAAUUGUAUCUUGCAAUUCAAGAACGUGACCGUCCGCGUCUUCCAUCACUUCAGACAUUUGAUUGGAAUCUUGAUGUUACGUUAACAACAGCAUCUUUAUCACGAUGCAUUGAACCAUUACUUCUUUUUCAAUUUCGUACAAGUGAUAACCGAAAUUUAACAUUCGAAGUUUCGAUUAAGAAAUUCAAUGAACUGCGUUAUAAAACCGCCUUGCUUCUGAAAGAAAUGGAAGAAGUCGAUGGGAAACAAGCGUUGAAGCUACUUGAAACGUAG